AUGGCCUACAGUCCUUCCUGUGGUGUCACGGUGACAGUAGCUAGGACCCACAGUCCUGCCUGUGGUGUGACGGAGACAAUAUCUAUGACCUACAGUCCUGGCUGUGGUGUGACGGAGACAAUAUCUAUGACCUACAGUCCUGGAUGUGGUGUGACGGAGACAAUAUCUAUGACCUACAGUCCUGCCUGUGAUGUGACAGAGACAGUAGCUAUGACCUUUAGUUCUAACUAUCAUGUGACGGGGACAAAAUCUAUGACCUACAGUCCUGGAUGUGGUGUGACGGAGACAAUAUUUAUGACCUACAGUCCUGCCUGUGGUGUGACAGAGACAGUAGCUAUGACCUUUAGUUCUGCCUAUCAUGUGACGGGGACAAUAUCUAUGACCUACAGUCCUGGCUGUGGUGUGACGGAGACAAUAUCUGUGACCUUCAGUUCUGGCUGUGGUGUGACGGAGACAAUAUCUGUGACCUUCAGUUCUGGCUGUGGUGUGACGGAGACAAUAUCUGUGACCUACAGUCCUGGCUGUGGUGUGACGGUGACAAUAUCUAUGACCUACAGUCCUGGCUGUGGUGUGACGGAAACAGUAGCUAGGACCUACAGUCCUGGCUGUGGUGUGACGGUGACAAUAUCUAUGACCUACAGUCCUGGCUGUGGUGUGACGGAAACAGUAGCUAGGACCUACAGUCCUGGCUGUGGUGUGACGGAGACAAUAUCUGUGACCUUCAGUUCUGCCUGUGGUGUGACGGAGACAGUAGCUAGGACCUACAGUCCUGGAUGUGGUGUGACGGAGACAGUAGCUAUGACCCACAGUCCUGGCUGUUGUGUGACGGUGACAAUAUCUUUGACCUACAGUCCUGCCUGUGGUGUGACAGAGACAGUAGCUAUGACCUUUAGUUCUGCCUAUCAUGUGACGGUGACAAUAUCUAUGACCUACAGUCCUGGCUGUGGUGUGACGGAGACAGUAGCUAGGACCUACAGUCCUGGCUGUGGUGUGACGGGGACAAUAUCUAUGACCUACAGUCCUGGCUGUGGUAUGACAUAG